UUUUCACGGUAUUCCCUUCGCUGUAACAGCCGUCUUUGUCAGGGAGGGUCUUGUUUCGUCUUUCCCGGAAAAAGUACUUAGCAAAGGCAAUACGAGAUACAAUACCAGGGGUUCUUCUCUAACCGAAUCCUACAAAAGCAACCGAUUUAUAGUAUACCUUAACUGGUAUAUAUCUUUAUCGAGACCACGAAUGUUCCCUGUGCGAUCCUAAGAAUACCCUUCUUUCUAGACGAUUGGUUGUCGCCGGCGUCCAUAAAUCAAAUACAACCGUUACCUUGAAGGCACUUUAGUCGUUGGCCCUGAAGGGGCUUUUACGCUAGGAUGGAUGUUUGGAUGCACAUACGGCAUCUAAUACCUAGGGACGAUGGCUUGAACCCGGCUGAAGAGUUAUUGCAGUUACUACGAAACCCCUUCAAACAAACGCUCACAGAUGGUGCCAUAUGGUCUGCCUUGGGUACGUCGUUAGGGUUUACUGCCUUUAUAGCCAUUGUCUUCUCGUUCGUCCGACCUUAUAAUUCUGUCGUAUACGCUCCGAAACUUAAACAUGCCGAUGAAGAACACGCACCGCCCCCGAUAGGUAAAGGGUACCUUGCGUGGAUUCCGCCAUUAUGGAAGACAACAGAGAAAGAGAUGGUCGCCCACGCGGGUAUGGAUGCUGCUAUAUUUCUGAGAUUUACUGUCAUGUGCCGUAAUAUCUUUUUGACACUUGGUGUUGUUGGGUGCGGUAUUCUUCUACCCGUAUACUAUACGCUCAAUGGCGAUAAGACGGGCAACUUGAAGUGGUUCAUGAGAUUGACGCCCUCAAAUGUCAGCGAUCAGCCAAUAUGGGCCCUUGUCGUAACGGCAUAUGCAUUCAACUUCAUUAUCAUUGGGUUCUUGUGGUGGAAUUAUAGGCGAGUUCUGCAGCUUAGGAGGAUAUACUUUGAAAGUAAAGAAUAUCAGCAGAGUUUGUCCGCUCGGACAUUGAUGUUGAACGAUCUUCCGAAGAAGUACGCCAACGAUGAAGGUAUUGCGAGAAUUAUUGAUGACGUCGUACCUCACGCUUCGUUCGCCAAGACUGCGGCUGCUCGCAAUGUUAGGGAUUUGCCAGAUUUAAUUGCCCAGCACGACCAUGCCGUUCGAAAGCUCGAGAAAGUACUGGCAAAGUACCUUAGGGAUCCUCAAAACCUACCAGCCGGCCGACCGAUGUGCUACCCUUCCAAGAAAGAUCCUUCAUUUAGCACCUAUCCAAAAGGACAAAAAGUUGACGCGAUCGAAUAUCUUACUCAACGAAUAAGAGAACUUGAAAUUGAAGUGAAGGAGGCCAGAGCAAAUGUAGACAAGCGCAGUACUUUGUCCUACGGUUUUGCCAGUUAUGACGACAUCUCCGAGGCUCACAGUAUCGCGUACGCCUUGCGCAAGAAGAAGCCUCAAGGUGCAAAGAUCGUCUUGGCCCCCAAACCAAACGAUAUUAUUUGGGACAAUAUGGCUCUUACCCCGGCGGCGCGAAGCUGGAGACGAAUCAUGAUCAAUUUUUGGAUUACUAUCCUGACAUUGAUUUGGAUUGCUCCCAGUGCCAUGAUUGCUAUUUUCUUGGUCAAUUUGAGUAACCUGGGUUUGGUCUGGCCCGCCUUUCAGACCCAAUUAUCUGGUAAUACUGGAUUUUGGUCCAUUGUUCAGGGUGUAGCGUCCCCAGCUGUCCUAUCUCUGGUUUAUCUGGUUCUCCCUACCAUCUUCCGACGACUCUCCAUUAGAGCUGGUGAUCGUACGAAGACGGGACGUGAGCGCCAUGUUGUCGCUAAGCUAUACGCCUUUUUCGUUUUCAACAACCUGAUUGUCUUUUGCUUUUUUAGCACCAUCUGGAACUUGGUUUCCUCGGUUGCCGCGGAUCCGCAAAAAGCAUGGGAUACUAUAUCGCAAUUCGGCGUGACCCUGUUCGUUUCGCUAUGCGAUAUUUCAGCCUUCUGGGUUACUUGGUUGUUACAAAGAAACUUGGGUGCUGCUAUUGACUUAGCCCAAUUAUGGACCCUCAUCUAUAGCUUUUUCAUGCGCAAAUUCUCGAGUCCUACGCCUAGAGAAAUGAUCGAACUUACGGCGCCCCCGGCCUUUGAUUAUGCCAGUUACUACAACUACUUCUUGUUCUAUUCCACUGUCGCGUUAUGCUUCGCUGGUCUUCAACCACUCGUCCUUCCGGCUGCUGCGCUAUAUUUCUCUAUUGACGUCUGGUUGAAGAAGUACUUGUUGCUAUAUAUCUUCGUUACGAAGACUGAGUCCGGUGGAAUGUUCUGGCGGGUACUGUUCAAUCGCUUCAUUUUCGGUACCAUCCUCUCCAAUUUGGUUGUCUUCUUAGGUGCCUGGGUGCACGGUGACGGGCUCCACACAAUGGCAUUCGCCUCAAUUCCUCUGCCAUUCAUCAUGGUAAUAUUCAAAAUAUACUGCUCUCGAACAUUCGAUGAUAAGGUACACUUCUACUCGACCCGGAAUAUCCAAAAGCACCCCGAAGGUGUUAUGCAGAAGGAUCCUCUUAGGUCAGUUGGUCUUGCUCACCGAUUUGGUCACCCCGCACUCUACAAGCCACUUAUCACGCCAAUGGUGCACGCCAAGGCCCAGAACAUUCUGGCGUCUAUUUAUAAGGGACGACUAUCGGAUGGCCGUGAAGCAUAUUCUGGAGAUACGCUGUCUACAUCCGGUUACUCUGAUGCCUAUGUCAUGAAUCCGAUGAGUUCCGGCAAACCUGGAAAAUCUGCAAGUUUGCCGGGAUUCGAAAUCGUACCGGAAUCGAGACUCGACUUCGAAUAUUACAAGUCUCGAGCCGAAUUCGCGUCCGAACAUGGUGGCGGUGAUAUCUUCGGCCGCUCCAAUGACGUCGUUCGUCCUGGUACACCUGGCAGUAUGUGGAAUGGCAGCGAGCCGACGUCUAGAUCAGGAAGCCCUACAAUCCCGAAUAUUCCUCUUCGGACCGACAGUCCUAUAAGGGCCUUCUCGCCCAACUCUGAUAUGGGUACAACCUAUCCAGGUGGAUAUUCUCAACCUCUAGGUAGUCCUUAUGCGCCUGAGAUAGGCGGUCGGUCGCGUAGCCCGUUAUACGCGCAAGGGAAUGAUAGUGCUUCCAACUUGGUGGGAAAUGCUGCAGCUAUGCCGAUGGCUACGCCUGGGUCUAGAGAUCGCAGUCCGAUUAGAGCUCCGGGAAUGCUAGGUGGUGGCCCACGGGGAUACGGCGGUUUACCGCAGGAAGAGGAGGAACACGAUCCUAUGCAAUAUAAUUAUUUCCGACAAGCACGAACUUCACGCAGAUCCUACAGAGAUAGCUGAUUUCGGGCGGAGAUACUGGGAAUGGUAAGAUGGUGACGAGGAUGGCUGUAUAUACGGCAUGGCGUAAAAAAACGUGCGGGUUUUCUGUGUAUAGAAGGGGCAUUCUUUUUUAUUCUGGACGGCAUGGGGCGGCGUUUUCCGGCUACGAAGGAGGGUCAGCCUUGGCGACGACGACCGACGACGAAACUAUUUUGACGCUGAAGAAUUAUUAGGCUGUUAAUAGAGAGAAGAAAGGAAGAGACGCAACGAUUACGAAUUGGUUCUCGGAUAGACGAGGUCAUUUCUCGACCUCUCAUUUUUGAAGCGGCUUACCACCUCUUUUGUAAUAAUCAGUGUGCACGCUGGGAGAGUGGCCACUGGGGCUUAGACGUCCUGAAUACUACUGCUAAUAAUUCUGCAUAUAUUAUACGAAUUGCAUCGAGAUGUUAUUUUUGACGAGCUAACCCAC